AUGAAUAUCUGUGUUUUGAAUGAAGAGUUGAUUAAUUCAGUACUUAAUGGCUCAUCAGGACUGAACUCUGCCGCUUCAGCGAUGCCAAGAUAUAACUUGGCAGAGGCAUCAGAUUUGUUCGCUCAGACUAGCAGGGAUUUCACAAACCCGUCUCCGCCUUCAGAACAGAAGGGCAGAUUCUCACAAGAUUACAAUCAAGUGAUCAGUAGCUACACCAUUGAGCGUUGGAAUGAGAUAGUCAUUGCUACACCAUUGAUAUGGACGAAGAGCACCAUUUUCGAGGCAAAGGCUGAUGCUAGAGCUUCACGACUUGUCCAUAGCAAGCUGGUACCCACUUUAUGUGUAGUCUUCAAUUUCCAGGUGCUUCCAGGUUUAUAUGGUUCUUCAAUGCAUUCAGCAACUUAUGAGUAG